AACUCGCAACGCACGGCCACGAGUCACUACUCGUCACCCAGAGGCCGCCUAGGCCCAUGCGGAGUUGAUUGCAGCAGCGCUGUUCAUGGACGCCAACAACUGCCAUAACUUCACGACGCCCAAAGUGAGCUCCGCUCCGCGCCGUGAGGAGAUCAAACAUGGAGCCCGGAUCACAAGCCUCACGGUGAAUUUGGUGGCGACUUAUCAGCAGUGUUCCAACGAUUUUGGCUACAGCGACACGCACGCGCCACGACGGGUGCUCACCAAGCUGUCCAAAGGUGUGUACAAUGGCAACUACGACAAUGCAGAGCACGACUACAUAUGCCGAGUGGGCGACAAGAUUGUGAAUCCUGAUGGCCAAGCGUACGAAAUCCUGGAGCGUUUAGGUCAUGGCACUUUCGGCCAGGUUCUGAAGUGUCAUCAUGUUGCUUGCAAUGGCCCAGUUGCCUUGAAGAUCAUCAAGAACAAACCCGCCUACUUUCAUCAGGCCUUGGUCGAGGUCCGAAUUCUGCAGAUGUUGAAUCAGGAGUUCGACCAAGAGGAUGACAAACGGAUCGUGCGGAUGUUGGACUUUUUCGUCUAUAGGAAGCACCUCUGCAUUGCCUUCGAGCUGCUGAGUGUGAACCUCUAUGAAGUUCUGAAACAGAACUCCUUCCGGGGUGUGUCGAUGGCUUUGAUCCGUGUCCUCACCGAUCAGCUUUUGAAGGCAUUGCGCUGCCUCCGAGAGGCCUCGGUGAUCCACUGCGAUCUGAAGCCAGAGAAUGUGCUGUUGAGUAACAUCCAUCACACCAGGAUCAAGUUGAUCGACUUCGGUUCUGCCUGUUUCGAAAGCCACACCGUCUAUCCCUAUAUCCAAUCUCGCUUCUAUCGUUCACCGGAGGUGCUCUUGGGAGUUCCAUACACAAGUGCCAUCGACAUGUGGAGCUUGGGUUGUAUUUGUGCAGAGCUUUUCCUUGGCUUGCCGGUCUUCCCCGGGCAUUCGGAGUAUGACCAGGUCUGUCGAAUGUGUGAGGUGCUGAAUCUUCCGCCCACCAGCCUGCUAGAUGCUGGUCGCAACACCAAGAGAUACUUUCGAAAGGAGGAGUUGAAGCUUCCAGAAGGUGCUGAAGGUCCUUCGACCAGCAGCGCGGAUGGCGAGCAGGAGCUUCAGAUUGAUCCCAAUGCUCAAGAUGAACGGGAGCAGCACUCACAAUCCAGUGGUUCAGGUGAAAGCGCGAGUGAAUCACGAGCGCGCCCUGAAGCCGAAGAAGUUUCAGCACCUCCGGUGGUGGAGGACGACUCACGCGUCUACGUGGUCUCGGGUGCUGGCGGUGUGGGCAGCCCUUGCAAUGGCGAAUACCGCCGUGUGAGAGAGCUGAAUGACAAGCCCUUGUACAAGAAAACUGGUGGUGACGCCAUCAUCUACUUCAAGUUCCGGUGGAAGAUGAACGCCCGCGACGAUACGCGGGGCUGGUACUACAUGGCACCUGAAAGAUCAGCAGCAACGCCGCCUGAAGGUCAAUGGACCACAGAAGCAUAUUCCAAAGAUGAUGCCAAUCCAGCUCCAGUGGUCUCCACAUACAAGGCCAAAAGUAGCUUUCUGGAUUUGCUGAAGCAUCGAUUAGGCAUCCAUGCGGAUGAUGGAGAGCCACCUUCGAAGGCCGAAGAGCCUUUGGAUGCCUCCACCUCUGCAUCUACGGCUCUGGACACCGAUGGUGGCACUGCUAGUGGAGGAUGGCGCCGGGACGAUAGCGACGCCUCGCGCGGAGGGAGCCACAGGAGUCUCAGGCGGAAAUCCAAAAGAAGAAUGGUAUGGCGUUUGAAGACGAAGGAGGAGUAUGAACGGGAUGAACAUAAAAAAGAACCCACGCCGAAGAAGUACUUCAACUUCUCUUCGUUGGAGCAGAUGGUUUCCAUGGCCCCUUAUCGCAACAACCUGUCCCGUCGGCAGCUCAAGGAGGAGAAGGAGCGCCGUUUGUGCUUCUUGCAGUUUCUUUCUGGCCUACUGCAGCUGAACCCAGACCUUCGAUGGACGCCGAAACAGGCGUCGGCGCAUCCCUUUAUCAUUGGGAAAGCCUUUGAUCCCGACUUCUCCCCUCAAGCGGAUCAUCCCGUGACCAACUUUCGGAAGGCGGUGCCCCCAAGUUGUUGUCAGGGGCAGUCCAGACCGGUGCCCAUGUUGCCCAAAGCGAAGCUUGGGCCGCCGGAGGAGGGAGCAUCCUCAGCUCGGAACUGGGAAGACAAGAAUGCCUCAGGUGGUCUUGAGGGUGAACAGAUACGCAGUGCGCCGGCGACGACGCGUGAGGCUUCAGGUGAUGAGACAGGAGGUGUCAGACAUCAGGCUGACGCCAAGUUGCCAGAGUCCGCCCUUAGCGGCCUCUGGGGUCACCUUUGUAUGGGCAUCCCCCUGCCAGAUGACAACCCUGCUGAAAGCUAUCGACCUCCCAUUGACAAAAUGUCUGAACGCUUCUUCCGAAGCUUCAUGGAGGCCGAUGUGCGCAAGAGGCACAGUGAAGCAUCGACUGAGGCCAUGGAUCCUGGUACUGCAAGCCCUCCAAAGGCUGGAGCUGGCGCUUCGUUUUGCUCCUCCGCAUCUUCCACAGGCUCACCCACGGGGCGGCAAGCCCCGGGUCCCUCACCUUUGCUGAAAGCCAUGCCAAGCGAUUUGCGCUUGGUGGGCCUACGACCAGGUGCUCCAACACCGGGGGGUGCUGCAAUGUCCAGUGCCCGUCCCGGCAGUGGCCCUUCACAGACUCCACAUCGAGGUGGAAGUGCUGGCUUUGGGCGUGCCUAUUCCAGCCGUGGCGGAUCCAGAGGUUCUUCGCCCUGGCAUUUGCCAUCGCCAAUGAGCGAGUUAAGUACGGCCUCGGAGCGUGUGAACAGUUCACAGCCUUCGGGAAGCGACUCUUGCGAAGAGCCUCGACAUUUGGGGUCCGAGAUGGCCUUUGCCUUCGAAGAUCCAUCGCAGAGUGAUACCCCUGUGGCGGGUGGCCCAUCUGGUCCGUCUGACUGCGGCAGUCCAUAUCCCGAGGGCGGAAACUUUGGGGUUCCCCCCGGCGGGGGCACCAAAGAUGUGCAGUCGGCCAUGUGGGAAAGCAUCAAGUACGAGAUGUCACGGGUGGAACUGGGACGGGAUCGUCUUCCGCGGCGGAUGGAUAUACAGAGCCCUGGAAGUACAGGUGCUUUGGGGACCUUUCGGGAGGCCAUUGGCAUGAAUGACAACGGCCCAGUGAUCCCGUUCAGCGCUGCGGGUCGCCACCCGCAGUCCAUGCGCACGCCGCCCGGAGCCGCCCCUGGAGCCUCAACGCCCAACGAGGAGACGCAGUCAUCGACCCAGUCCACCGGCCUGGGCGUUUUUUCCAUGUCACGAUCAGUGGAUGGCCACCUGGGCCUUGGGUUUGGAGGCAGACGCGGCAAGCGCAAGCCUUGAGGCUUUGCACUGCGCGGCCGGAGGCGUUGCGGAGAUCGAGGAUGAGCAAAAAGACAGAGGAACACCCAGCCAAUAUG